GCUGCAAUCUACCAAUAGAGGCAUGCAGAAAGGAGUCAAUCAUGGCAGCGGAAGGACAAUGCACUGUGAAUGACUUCAUGUCCUAACUUGUAAACUGGUCAUUUCAGCUGGAGUUUUUAACGUCUUAUUUAACUUUAAAAUAUAUAUAUAUAAUAUCAAUUUUAAAUAUUUAUCUACUGCAGCUCGUCAUUGAGACUAUCAAUUGCAGACGGUCCCAGAGUCGGUGAAGGAUCAUGACUUUGUUUGGUGUUUGAUUUACUCUCUCGGAAAUCCUGGGAUCUCCAUUGAAAAUUUCGUGAGCACUGCGCAAGUCGGCCGGCCGGUCCGAGGCUGUUGAGGAGGCGCUGCGUAAUGGAGCAGUGUCCCGUGACCCAGUACGAGCCCGUGGCGGAGAUCGGGGGAGGAGCCUACGGCACCGUCUACAAGGCCCGAGACUCGCGGAGCGGCAAGUUUGUGGCUCUCAAAAACGUGAGGGUUCACCGGGACGAAGAGGGCCUACCCGCCUCCACGGUCAGGGAGGUGGCUCUGCUCAAACGGCUCGGACGCUUUGACCACCCCAACAUUGUCAGGUUGUACGACGUGUGCGCAACCACGAGGGCGGACCGAGAAGCCAAAGUCACUCUGGUGUUUGAGCACGUUGACCAGGAUCUGAAAACCUACCUGGAGAAGGCCCCGUCGCCUGGACUACCAGCCGAGACUGUGAAGGAUCUCAUGAGGCAGCUGCUGAACGGCCUGGUGUUUCUGCAUUCCCACGGCGUAGUGCACCGCGAUCUGAAGCCCGAGAACAUCCUGGUGACCAGCCGAGGCCAGGUGAAGCUGGCUGACUUCGGCCUGGCUCGCAUCUACAGCUGCCAAAUGGCACUGACUCCAGUGGUGGUGACGCUGUGGUACCGUGCCCCAGAAGUACUCCUGCAAUCUACCUAUGCCACCCCCGUCGACAUGUGGAGCACUGGCUGCAUCUUUGCUGAGAUGUUUUGCAGAAGGCCCUUGUUUUGUGGGAAAUCAGAAGUUGACCAAUUAGGAAAGAUUUUUGACAUGACAGGGCUCCCAGCAGAGGAGGACUGGCCAGAGGAUGUGACCCUGCCACGAAGUGCCUUCACCAACCGGCCUCCACAGUUGGUUACGAACUUUAUACCCGAAAUCGAUGACUUGGGAGCAAGCCUGCUGCUGGAACUGCUGACAUUCAGCCCGAUGAAAAGAAUCUCUGCCUUCAAGGCCCUGGAACAUCCUUAUUUCCUCGGUCAAAGCCCGGAGGUUUAAGACGACCCAUUGUGACCUGUGGAAAGUAAACUGUAAACAGCUUUGCCUGCUUAUCCACACUGGGGUACCACAGCAGUGCGCAGCUGCCUUACGGAUGUGUGCUGCAGGAAGGGGAUUUGGGUGGGGGGGGGGGGUAGGGGGGACGAUGUGUGUAAGGUGAGAACAAAAUCGAGCUUUAACCAUCAGAAGAGUUUUCCAGAAUUAGUUCUGUUGAUCUGUGAAGCUGGUUUCCUUGGGCAGAAGCCAGCAGAUGGCAGUGUGGCACUGGUUUGGGGCUUGUGGUCUGUCUGUUUUGCUAUGGCACCGUUUUCUUGAUGUGUCUCGGUUUGUCUGUGUGCCGGUUCUUGCCGUUGCACGAGGGCCGGGAAUUUGGUCAUCUCUACCUCCUUCCCCCUCCUCCCGCGAGAGAGGUAGCCCUGCACCCUUGCCCCAAAUCAUCCAACCAAACCCCUCUAAUUGGGAGGCUGAGGCAUCUGCAAGUAAACUCCUUCAUGGCUAGAGGGAUGGGUGUUUUAAGUGUAACUCUAUACUGCCUGCCACUGGGGCUUUUUAACCCCAGGGAAGGGAAAGUAAUUAAUUUCAUCCUCGUAUCUCCACCCUUCCUUCCAGAUGCACACAACUGUAGCUGUCUGCCAGUGUAUUGAAUUUAAAAGAGCAUUGCCCCAUUUCCUUAAGAUCCUAAUGGACUAACGUCAGCAAAAUGUCUUCUCUGGUGGCGUGUCUAUUGGCUGCGUUCAAGCAACGUGUUCAAUUCUGUGACUGUAGGUUGGUGACCAGACAUAAAAAGUCCAUGACUGUUCUUGCUCUUCCCUAUUUGGUUGUUGUGUUUCUGUGGCGCCUUUCACCCCACUUGCACUUGCCACGAUCUGUGCGUGUGAGACGUCCAGAGUUGUUGCUCUAGAAAAGGCAAGCUUCCACAAGCAGCCAUCAGUUAAUGACCAGAUCAUUUGUUUCUUUCCAUGUCAAUGUUAAUCCCACCCAGCUCUUCAGAAUAAUGUCUGGGCAUUUUAAUUGGCCUGACAGCAACCUUAACCUUGGUGAGAGGGAGGGAGGUUAGUUAUGUAAUGCAGGCUUCCAAAGUGCUGGAGUAACUCACAGCAAGUCAGGCAGCAUC